UUUAGGAGCAAGGAAAGUUUAGUUUGGCCAAUCUGUUUACCGAAAGAGAUCCUACAAGUAUUAUUGUGUUUAAUCUUAAAUAUUAAAAAUAUAACGAAAAUACUGCCAAAAAAAAAUUAAAAAAUGAAGUGUUCCUGUAAUCGUUAUACACUUGGUAUUAUUCUAGGCGGCAUUAAUGUAGCGAUCAGCUCCGUUAUUUUAAUUUUACAAUGCAUUUAUUUAAAUGAUUAUAAAGAAAUCGAAGAUCCAGAUUUACAGAAAAAAUCAAGAAAUAAAGCUAUCAUAAUAUUGAUACUAUGUUUGAUAACGGUAGUAAUUGCUGGCCUCUUCAUAUAUGGAAUCGUAAAGAGAAAAUACAAAUUAGCUUAUCCCUGGUUAAUUUUUUGUGCAGCCAGUGUAUUCGCCACCCUUAAACAGGUGGUAUAUGCAAUUAUUGACUCGGCUAAGGGUAGAAUUUCAGGGGAAGAAACUGCUGCGAGAAUUACAAUAUUUUUGCUAAUUACAGUUUUUGAAAGCGUCAUUUACUGGUUUAGUUUAUCCGUGUAUAGAAAACUACGUAAUGAAGAAAAAUCUGCUGAUAUACCGAUGGCUUAUCAAACGGAUUAUACCUCAGUGCCAAAUAGUGUUUAAAUACAAAACUAUUUUUUUUUUUUUCAUUU